AUCAUAUCCAGGAGCAUCUCAAGAUUUGUUGAAUCGCCGGUCGAUUUUAGCGUGGCCCGGGCGCGCAGCGGAUAUCGUCGUCGCGGCUCCUCAGCGCGGACCUUACUAGGCGCCCCCCCCCUCGGAAGAAGUCUGAGCAGCUUUGUUUUUACAUAAUUUUAAUCCAUUCCUGAUGCGCUGGGAGCCCACGGAGAAAGUAGCCCAGUGGAGUCUCCCUUCAUUCGGUAAUAACGUGGUACACGUAACAAUACAACAGGAUUGAUUAUGAACGCAACGAAUUUGCAGCCUUCAUUACUCGAUAAGCGUUCUGCCAUUGCCAGUGGUAUUCAAGCGCAAGCAAGACGUUGGCUAGCCGGGGGCUCCAAACGGUACCUCCGUGCACGAGAAGAAAUAUGCAAAACUAAUUUUGGCAUGCUGACGCGCCAGACCAUGUUAAGAGUACGAAUCAAGAUAUUUAAGUCUAUCGCGAGGAAAGCCAUACAUCGAUUGGCAGCCCUCAGGGCUGAAGAAGUCUCCAAAAUCAGCAGCAAUGCGGCCAUGAAAGCGAUUGACUUUGCUAACAAGACGCUUAAAGUCACAAAAAGUAGAUACGCAGAAUUCCUUCGAGUAGAGGCGGGCGCACAAUGGAUUUCUGACUACCUUUGCGAGCGGAUGUCCAAACCGAUCUCGACUCACAUGCGGAAGCUCCUCGCACUCAAACAGAGUGACCAAAAUCACAAAAUAUGUACUCGCCAGUGCCUUGUUUUUUUCGCAUAAAUAGCAGUGCUUUUCUUAAGGUCCAACAUUACGGGCUGUGCGUGGCCAAUCCGGCAUGGUUUGUGAGAACUGUGGAGCAGUGGGCGUAUUCCAGUUUAGUUGUCUUCCCUGCAAUGGUUACAUAGAUGCACCCUCAGGAAAAGUGAAUUCGCUUCGAUUGCAAUGCGCUAGCGCUCUACGCGUCGAAACAAUAGGUAGUUCUUUCAAAGCCCCCCCCCAGGGUGAGCCCCAUGCACCUAGAUCUCAGGGAGAAGCAAACUUGCACGCAGUUCUCCACAAUGCUAUUGAGAUACUCAGGAGGAGGCUUAAGACUGUAGUUCCUGAAUUCGCUUCAUCCAUUCUUGCACUUAUCAAAACCAAAGGAUCUUGGCUUCAUUCAAAACGAAUAUGUGAUGACGAUCGGAUUUACUUCAAGCAGCGGCUUGAGCAACCUUCAUCAGCACGGCGUGCACAUCGGCAUCGUGGUUUUUUACGUGCCCUUGAUGGUGACGUUAAAAACCUCGACAAGGUGACAAAAUGCGGUCUGGCGUACUGCUUUGAUCGCUCUUCCGCAUGCGACGAACAGCGAGCAAAGGAAGUUUUGCUUAACUAUUGCAUGGACCCAAGGGCAGGCAAGCGCAAUAUUCAUAGCCACAAAGGAUGGGUUGAUAUUACCUCCACCUAUAAAAUGUGGUCAACAACUGGCCUUCAUGCUGCAAGGGAAAGUAUUCGGCUAGAACACUGUUUGAAACUACAGGCUAGCUGGAGCAAGUUUCAAGGGAAAUCCAUGAGGCAUCAACGUGAGAGUUGUGCCCAUUUCCUGUCAAUUAUCAUGCGUGAGCUAAAGAAUGAAGCUGAACGUGAGUUUUUAUGCAUCGAUAAUGCCCAAGAUAGCUCUUACCAGAAGCAUGUUAAAAUGGUGGAGAUAGAGAAAGCACGCUUUGAAGCGGCUGAUCGGAUCAUGCGAUUGCUUGCCGAGUACAGGGCAAUAAGUUCAUUGGAACAAUUCAAAUAUCUUCAUAUUUCGUGAUGACACUGGUGGAGAAAAGCAUGACUAUUUUAGGUUCAAGUUAUCAAACCCGAGCUUGGUGUUUUUCCUUCCUAGAUUGAACAUCGAGGUAUUAGUUAGCUGGAUACCAAGAAUGCCCUCAAGAUGCGCCUAGAUGUCCCAGUCUCGUCGGGUGAUGGCAGUCAAUACGCACUAGUGCUGACCUAGUUCGUAAAUCGUGGGUUUGUCAAUUAAGCAAUCUCAGACCCCGCGCCGAGGAAAGCAGUUUGCCACUAGCAUUCGGAGGCUUGUACGGUGAAAGAUCAGAAAAAUUUCCGCCGUGACUAGAUUAAUCUGCUCAUUUAAAAUUACUAGUGUCGUAUGAAUAGUAAUCAUAAACUGAAGCAGGAGAGAGGGCGGAUUAAACUGAAGCCUGACCCUGACUCGGAGCCCGAGGGUCUCGAGUCUGUGCCGAAUUCGCUUUAGGCCGUGACCGUGACCGUGACCGUGACUAGUAGAUCGCGUUCCGAGUCUGCUGCAGCGGCGGCGAUUGAAAAAGUAACCCCUGCCUGCCAGUCCAGUCUCGGACAGGGCAGAGUACUUCUCGAUGGCACUCUACAAACGACUCGGCCAGCGGCCAAGUGGCCGGGAACACGAAUCUGCGAAUUAUCACGCACCACUCCUCUCGGUCUGUGCGCGCACCGCGCGCACCGAAUUGGCAGGGCGCAGAUAUUACUUGUAGCGACGUCCCUGCCAGGCUUUUGGGCUGCCCACGGCGUUGCGGUCGCGCAGUCCGGCCUAAAUAAAGCCUCGUUUCGGUCACCCACGCAGUCGCCCCAUUAGGGCUCGCCCGACCCACCCACCCAAAACGUUGUACUGCAG